AUGUCUGUUCUAACAUAUUCCAUUAUCCUCUACGCAUUGUUUCACGGCGCAGUGAGCAACCCUUUUAAACCAGCUAUCACGCCUCCUCCCGUGCUCCGACGACAAGGCGAGGAUGACCUAUUUCCGGAAUCGAGAGGGUGGUUUUGGGUCACGUACGGAUCACGGACUGAAUUGUCGUCGAUAUACUUCUGUGACAUUUCGGGCAUCUUCAUAACUACAAGCAGCUAUGUUGGCUGCUGUUACAGUAGGUCGACCGGGCCAUGUUUCGCAAGCAACGUAGCGACCGGCUGUAGCAACGGCACGCUUGCUUUAUUUCCGAGCACAACACUUAACUGUGAGGAUAUAUUUUCGACCGCUAAGUGCAACACCGACUAUGUAUACACGGGCAGCACGCCUGAUGCAUCGCCCUUGCAAUGGAUAGGGUGCAACAGGGUGGCAGAUCAGGCACUUUACUUCCAAGAACCGCCGAGAACUGGGCUCACUUCACCUACUUCCUUUUCCACUACUUCAACACGGUCUGCAUCCCAAUCAUCUCCAGCGGGACCACUAUCAAGCCCACCAUCACAAACGGGUGCCGGAAAUCCAACCUCUAGCGCUGGCUUGUCCACCGAAGAUGUCCAAGAGGACUCAGACAAGGCUUGGAUUGCCGGCGUCGUAAUUGGAGCAGUAGCCCUCCUUGCGAUGGCAGGCAUGGCGUUCUGGCUACUGCGCAUACGGAAGCGAAACAAACAACAGUCCUAUUCGCAGGCACCGCAAACAGCGGAAAUAUAUCCUGAGCAACCUAUUCCAGGAUCUUACACUAGUCCGCAGCUCAACACGGCUUCACUUUCACCAUAUCAGGAUGCAGCAGGACCGAGCCCGUCACUCUCAGACCAACGGGCUUCGCAAGGCUGGAGUGAAGACUCUCGCGCAAAGUCAUGGCACCAGCAUAAUGCUUCGCCAGGGGCUCCAUCUGCAGCUCCGCUCUUUACCGGUACGGAGGCGACCGAGCUGCCGGAGUUGGUGAACCCGCCUUCGAGGAGAUGA